GAUGUCAAAUAUAAAAUCUAUGGUUAACCUCAAUUAAAAUUAUACUAAUAUUGAAUAUUGUAAGUCUUAAUAAAUUAAAAUAAUUUAUAAUAUACAUUACAAGUAAACGACAACACAAAUAUGUCAGGGACAUUAUUCCGAUCCCUAUUUAACAGCUUAUCAUUGUACAAAUCUAAUGUUACAACAACACGUUCGGUUCACACCGGAAUAGUCUAUUAUGCGGCACGUAAAGGUACAAGGGCGAAGGCCCGUGCAAAGAAAGUUAAAGUUGAAAUCACGAAAGUUGGUUUUAUUCCUCACAACCAGAGAGGAAAAGACAAAGUGACAAAAAGCCAAGUCAACAAGCAUCUAGACGAUUCCUUCAAACAUGUGCCCGUAGAUGAUGUGUAUCCCAUGCGCUACUAUCGCUGGCCAGUCUACACAGCAGAGGAGGCUGUGAAAGCCCACCAGGAAACCCACCACCCCACUAUGUAUAACGAUCCAGAAGCUUAUGUUUAUGCGAAGGUAGAGAUUAAUAUGGAGGGUAUUAAAAAGACUCGCUUCCUCGAUAAUUUCUCAAAAUUAACCCUUUUACCCCAUAAUUUUCCCCGUGAAGAAGAGCGGUCGAUUUUAGCAUUUUGUAAGGGGGCAGAGUUGAUCAAACAAGUGACAGAUGCUGGGGCUACCACUGUUGGUAGUACAGAACUUAUAAAGAAGAUUCAAGAAGGAACAGUUAAACUAGGUGACUAUGACUAUGUAAUUGCACACCCUAACAUCAUCACUGAACUGGUGCCCAUCAGAGGUCUGAUGAAGAGGCGCUUUCCUAACGUCAAGUCUGGUACAUUAGAUGCAAAUAUUGCUGAAUUGGUGAAGAAGUUUGCUGCCGGCAUACAGUAUAGGGUUGUAAAAGAUGAGGUACAACAGAACUUUGGGUCUGUAGAGGUUCUAGUAGGAAGGUUGAAUAUGGAUCCAAAAUGCGUUGCCGAGAAUAUUGAUGUACUACUGAAAGACAUACAGUCUUCCAGACCUAAGAGAGAUGGACUGUUCAUCACUAGGUGUUUAAUUACCAGCCCGCCAUCUACGGAAAAUUUAAAGAUCGAUCCAUUUGUGCAUGUUGAUCGCACUUUAACUAAAGAAGUGCAAGAGGACAGUGAUGAUGAAGAUGAAGUUGUGGCUGCAACUGCGUAAAUUGGAUUAGGAUGUAAAAAAAUAAUUUAGUGUAAAAUAAAAAUAAAAGUAAUUUA